GUCAAGCAAGAUUGUCUAAAAUUACUAUGGCGGUGUAUAAAUGCUUAUUUUUGUUUUUAAUAAUAUUGAUUGUUGAAUUUAAAGUAAUCUCAACAGCGCCAAAUGUGGCAAAUACAAAGCAAAAUGUCAGUUUAAGCAUAACUGAAGAUUAUAAAGCGCUUCGUAACGAUGCACAGUGGUUUUUCCAACAUAUUGAAAUCAUAGCUGACUCAUUGGUGCAAUUUUUACCGAUAGUAAAUAAGGAGGGCAGUAGAUCCUUAACAGCGACUACAAAUAAUGCCACCUUUGUGGAAAACACACGACUCACUUUACUGCUCGGACUACGUCAUGUGCUGGUGGGCAUUAAGGAAAUUUCAGUCGCCUUCCAAAGUCGUUUAACUGGUGACCAUGAGCAACAACUGCAACAUUUAAAAACAGUCGCCCAAUUGCUGCAGGAUGUCAUACGCUUUGCUAAGCAAUGGUUUUCGCUGCUUCGUAAUAGUCUUGCGGAACUAUUUCGCAUUUACAACCGCUAUAUACCAGAAGUAUUGCUUGGCAAAUGCUUUGGAAAAUACAUUACAACUGCUUAUCCAGAUCGCAGUUUCUAUGAGUACCCCUUCAUACUGCUAAGUGAGGUUAUCGACUUCGGCGCUACUUAUCUACAGAGCAUACCAAUAUAUGAUGUAGCCGAUGAAAAUGCUACUACGCCAUUAGCUGUGGAAGAUAUUUCAGAUGAACAAAACGAAAUUUGGCCCAAUGAUAUGGAAAAGUAUUCAAGAAGUAUUGGUGUGGCAAUAGAUGAGAGCGCGCAAACAACAAACACCCAACAUCCAUGGCAGAAAUGCUUGAAAAUGUACGCAGCGGAUAGUAUUUCGAGACAACUGAAAUUAUUUUUCAUUGGUGAUUAAAUUUGUCACAAUUUUUUACGAAAUAUUUAUUUGUCAACAAAUUUCAUGUUGUCACAUAUUCAUAAUAAAAAAAAAAAUAAAAACAAGAAAUUAUUUAGUUUGGAAUUUAUACUAAACGCGUAUUUUAUUCGUUUUUUUGUUUUGUUGUUUUCUUAAUUAUAAUGAAUUUUUUCAUGCACAAUAUUCCUGGCUUAAGUUGAAAGUGAAAAUACUUCCAGUGCUCUCGUUUACACAUUUGUGUUAUUUCGUUACAAAUAUUUAAUGUUUGUUAAAAAAAUAAUUAAAUGAUAAAUCUCAACUCUGCAUACCACGUUAAUAAUUUAACUGGG